GACAUGUAUCUCGCUCUGCGAGUUGGUAACUCGCCGAAGAGUCGAUGCUAGAGCAAGAGCUAGUUGGUUGUGUGGUUCGCACCUGAAAGGUGCGCUCAGUUCCAAGCUGUUCGUUGCCCGGAUUACACUGUGGAGUGCUUUCGUGCUUUGAUUUUUUCGAAUAAAAAUGACGAGUGAUUUGAAUUAUGUGUGAAGUGAACGGUGCACAUUUAAUGGAUAUUUUCAAAAAUACUGCAAUCGGAGAUUAUAAACCGUUUGGCAUUUCAGCAUAUUUGAAUCAACACAUAGAGUCUGCAACAAAAUACACAGAUGAGCAUCGAGUGGUGGUAGAAUGGCCGCAACCGAUGGUCAAAUAACAGUAGCAGCCGCGCGAUGGGCCGAAGAGGGCAGUUACCUUCGCGAAUUCGUCUCCAAAUACCAGCUUCCAGCCGUCGUCAAGAUCAUCAAAGGGCAAUACGGCGGUCUCGGUGUGCCGACCCUCCCGAGCCCCGGCUUGCAGUCCAGCGCCCUCCUCGUCUCGGCCGGCAAACGCCAAAAAAUCGUGGCCCAAGCCGUGAAGAUUAAAGAGGGCCGGCGACUAGUCUGCGUGGGCCCCCGUCUGGUGAUCCCGGACACUUACAGCGGCUACUUCGAGCUGCUCAGCGAGGAGGGGCGCGCCGUGCGGUGCAUCGAAAGCGUGUCGGAGUUGGCGCGCCGGCGGCCCGAGGAGGGCUGUCUGGUGCGGGAGACCAUUCGGGGGGUCCAGGCCAAGACUGAUCCUGAGGGCGGCGUCGUCCCGGAGGGCGCCCGAACGAUUCCCGCGGGCGAAAUCCUAGUCCCCGCGGGAGAAAUCCUAGUCCCGGGUUCCAAAGGCCGGUACCUGAAAUGCCUCGACUCGAGGGGUGACACCAUCCUCCUGGGGCUGGAGCAAAGGGGGAAGUUCUCGGUGCUCGCCCGCGAGGACAACAUAAGUGGCGUCCACACCGCCAAGAACCUCCUCAGCAAGCGGCUGCCGCUCACUGUGAGGCUGGUCCACGGCACCGCUCCGCGAGGCCUCAAAAGCCCCAGUCAUUUCGUGCCAGAACUUAGAUUACUCUCGGUGUUCGAGGAGGAGCACGUCUUCGCGCUGCCCCUCCAGAAGGACACCCACAGCGUCACCGCCCUGCCGCUGGCGGCCCCGCUGAAGCUCCUGCGGACCCGCAACGACGACCAGCUGAAGACCAUGCCCGAGUUCCACCGCUUGGUCGAGAAGUGCACCAAGUUGGUGGCCGACGUCGCCGACAGGAUCCAAGUGCUCGAUGGGAAAUUGGGCGAUUCGAAGAAACAUUCAACGCCGCCCGCCGCCGAAAUCAAAAACGGGUAUUUGUUACGUCGGAGCGCUUCCUCUGAUUCGGCUAACCACCGCACGAAGCACUCCCAUCAUCAUGCCAUCCAUUCGAAAGAUUAUGACGAAAUCGAUCAGAUAUAUGAUUAUGUGCGUGGAUUCGCUCCGUUACCCAAGAAUAUCCGCUCGCCCUUUUCCGACCCUUCGCCCUCUCUCACCUCGCACAGUUCCACACCUUCGCAUCCUGUCUCCGAUCUCAAACCGGAACCGCCGCCCAUCGAGACCAUACCCACCAAGAAGAUACAGGCGGAAAAGAGGAUACGCAAGGCGGAAAAGACGCCCCCAGGUCUCCCCAAGCUCUACGUCAAGAACGGUCAGUCUCAACGCAGCCGCCUCCUGCGUCAAAAAAGCGCCUCGCCAAUGAAAGAAACCCCCCCGAGUCCCAUCUCCAAAUCCGGCUCCCCCCUUUUCAACAUCAGGUACAAAUCCUUGAACAACCUCCAGGCGAUGGAACUCGACGGGACGCUCGACUCGAGCAAUUCCGGCGGGAGGGCGUCGGGCGACUCGGGCGGCGUCGUCAAACAGCCCGAGAAGCGGUCCCGGAAGCUAUCCCGACCCCGGAGUUUGACGAAUCUAGUGUGGGAAAUCAGGGAACACCCCGAUAUUUCGAUGCCAGUCGUGGACAAACCGAAGAAAAUCGAACCAGCGGCCAUAGUCUACAAGAAGCAUUCCAAGUAUUCGAUUAACGGGCCCAGUCAGCGCCGGGGAACACUCUAUUUAUAAAAAUAAACACUAGUAUGUACCCUCCAGCUUCAGCUGUUUGUGAUUUGUGUAUUGUAACUUUUUUUAAAGUUCUGUUUAAGACUUGUGAUUUCUAGUUUGUAGAAAAUUUUAUUUAAAGUAGACGAUUUGUGAUAACGCUCUGCUUGAAACUCAAACUGAUAAAAGGCACGAAUUUGAACGGUUUGUGUGGAGUGACGCGCAGUGUCCGUUGGUUGUUGAACCACGCCAAAUGGGUUGGCAGGAAGUUAGGGUCUUUGACUGGCUUUAGUCGAACACAUACAUUACUGACUCCAUCUUGAAAACUAUUUAUUUAUGCACACGAUUAAAACAUGCACUAAUCAGAAGUCAUGUCAGGCAGCUUGCUUUCGGCUGGAGUGAAUUCGAAUGUGCACCGUUAGAAAAAUGUUAAAACUAAGCAAAGAAAUUUCUGUAACUGCGACUAAUUGAUUUCAAUUUCGACUCGUUUAAUAUUAAUUAGCCAUGCUCUAGUAAUGCGAAUUUCGGAGUUGUUUUUGCGGCUUUUCUAGUUACCAAUUAAAAGUCGACGUGUCAAAGUUUCAAAUGGAUUCGUUAUCACUAAAUCGUUUUGCCAUAAUUUUGUAAUUAGGCAAAGUUACUGAUGCUUAUUUUUCAUCUGUGAUGAAACCAUGUCGUUUUUUAUACCUUAUGAUUUAGUUUAUAGGUUUACGUAUUGUAUUUUCAAGACGGAUGUCAUUUUCCAACGAAAACACAAAUGCCUUUCAAAUUGUGCUUUAGGCAUGCAAACUUGUCGUUAAUUAUAACUUCGCUGUUUGUAUUCCUAAUAUAGAAAUGCAAAAUGUCUAUGUAUUUUUGGAUUCUCAAAUUUACUGUUGUCACUAUUUACUGAGCCUCGAUGUAUAUUUAUUCAGCAAUUUGUAAAAAAAAUAUAUUGAAAUAAAUUGAACUUUUUGUCGUA